AUGGUCCCCUAUAACCAGAAACCUCAUGGUGGAGGGAAAAUGGGUGGGUGGAGGGAAGCCCAGAAUUUCUCACCUCACUUGUUGAAUUCCUCCUCGUUUUCUCCAUCCGGGGCCUCGACCACAUCAACCGCACGCUUUAUGUGCUUUAAGCGCUUCGGCAUUGCGCAGUGCUUAUUUCCACAUUUCUGCUCUUCACCUUUCCUUACGCCUCCGCUCGCUGCCUCGCUCCAUCCGCUGCCUGCCAUGGCCUCCCUCACCGUCGUCGCUGCUGCUGCUAUCACGGCUGCCCUGGCCUCGCCCCGAAGCGUGCCCUUCUCGGGCCUGCGCUCCCUCCGCACGCUGUCCUCUGUCGUCGCUUGCCCUCGCCUGGUGCUCGUCUCUCGCCACGCUCGCGUCCUGCCCUGCAUUCGAGCCUCUGCAUCCGAGGAGGACGCAUUCUCGAUCAUCCAGGACAUCAUCGCGGAGCAGCUGGCCUGUGAUAAGAACUCCAUCACGCCCGAUUCCAAGUUCACUGACCUCGGCGCCGACUCCCUGGACACUGUGGAAAUCAUGAUGGCUCUGGAGGAGAGGUUUGACAUCCAAGUGGAGCAGGACAACGCCGACAAGAUUGUGACCGUGGGGAAUGCAGCCGACCUGAUCAAGGAGGUCAUCGCGUCCAAGUAGGGCACAAGUCUUGAUAGUUCUACGUUACUUAUAUUUCCGGCCGACCACCACAACGCCUCCCCCCACUCACACACAUACACACUUGUGGCGUGUCCGACGGCAGUUUCUUUCUUUCUUUCUUUCGGUGGUAAAGCAUUUAGGAUCAGGAGUGGAUUCGAGACACUCGGGUAAUAUUUCAUGCAUAGAGCUGGUUCUCUGCAACGUAGCCUUUGUCAUGUACCGGUAACGUUUUUGUGGAAGUAGUUUUAAGUAAAGGGCCAGUUGAUAUACUCGGCCCAUGAACCAUAGCUGGUGGAUUGUGGCGAGUGUGUGUUCAUCAUCUGACAUGGAAGGGUUUUGGGUCUUGCGUUGGUGAA